AUGGGCAACCCGGAUGAAUGGCUUGAAACUGUUCGCAAAUGCGAGUAUCUUCCGGAGCACGACAUUAAGCAACUGUGCGAGAUGGUCAAGGAAUUGCUAAUGGAGGAAUCCAACAUUCAGCCUGUACAGUCGCCUGUAACCGUGUGUGGUGAUAUCCAUGGCCAAUUCUAUGACUUGCUUGAAUUAUUUCGUGUUGGUGGCGACAUUGAGGAAACCAACUAUAUCUUUAUGGGUGAUUUUGUGGAUCGGGGCUACUUCAGCUUGGAGACGUUUACAUUGCUCAUGGCAUUAAAGGCUCGCUAUCCACACAAGAUCACUUUGUUACGAGGAAACCACGAGAGUCGUCAAAUCACUCAAGUCUAUGGAUUUUAUGAUGAGUGUCAAGCAAAAUAUGGCAAUGCGAACGUGUGGAAGUAUUGUUGCUCUGUAUUCGAUUAUUUGACGAUUGCAGCUAUCAUUGAUGGCUCCGUAUUAUGUGUUCAUGGAGGUCUCUCGCCAGAUGUCAAGACUUUGGAUCAAAUUCGUACCAUCCACCGUGCCCAAGAAAUUCCACAUGAAGGGUCGUUUUGCGAUUUGAUGUGGUCGGAUCCAGAAGAUAUUGAUACUUGGGCUGUGAGCCCACGUGGUGCAGGAUGGCUAUUUGGAGGCAAGGUGACAAGCGAGUUCAACCACAUCAAUGGGUUAUCCCUUAUUGCACGCGCACAUCAGCUUGUCCAAGAAGGCUACAAGUACAUGUUUGAAAAUGACGAGCUUGUUACGGUUUGGUCAGCACCCAAUUACUGUUAUCGCUGUGGCAAUGUGGCAUCUAUCAUGGAAGUUAAGGACGCUGAAUUUGCACCUGAAAAGACCUUCAAGAUAUUUCAUGCAGUGCCAGAUCAAGAGCGUCUUGCCCCUGCACGGACUGGGUUCCUUGGUGCUAGUGGUGGCUCCGGUGGCCAGUACUUUAUGUGA